ACGAUCCCUGUACGGUUGGAUUCGAGCGAUUCGACGAACAACUGGGAAAAGUUUGUUCCACAUCGGCGAGCCGAUAUGCCCGGCGAAACGACUGUGGGAAGUUGAGGACUGCCGCGAUACGGGGCGAUCGCUGCCAAGGCUUGCCAGCGCACCAAAUGGACGAGGCUCGAGGGAGGAUAGUGGAACGAUAGGAGGCGACCGGUUGCGGCUGCAGCUGCGGCGUCGGUCGCUGCACCUGCAGCUGCAGCUGCAGCAGCGAGGAGGCUGCCGGUAGCGGCGUGCAGACGGGCUGAAACGAUGCAGAGCGCCGGCGACUACUAUCAGAGGGCGCCGAGAUGCUGUCCAGGAAGGAACGCGAACGCGAUCAACGCUUCCGUCAGGGGAGCGGAGUUGCUGUGUUGUUGCUGUAGCUGCAGUACAGCGACAUCCACUAAAACGCCGGGACUAUUAGCCAGCCUGGGGGUCUGUGUGCUUGUGCUGGGGUACACCUUGCUGGGCGCAUUCGCGUUCAUGGCGCUGGAAGGUGGCCUCAAGUCGGAUUCAGCAAAUGACUUGCUCGUUUCCGGAAGUUCCAAAUCCGAUGGAGGAUCAUACAUAGUGUCCAAUCUUGAGGACGAGAGCGCAGCUGUGGAACUGAGAACUCGCACUGUUGAAAAGCUUUGGAGUAUCACAGAAGACUUGAAUGUACUGUACAAGGAAAACUGGACGCGUUUGGCGACCCAGGAGGUGAUUGAGUUCCAGGAGAACCUGGCACGAGGUCUCAAGAGGACUUCCUCGCAGUACGAACCAGUUGGACCAUCCUCUCGAUCCAGGGACCAUUCGAUGGAUAGAAGACCACAUCGUCGAUGGACUUUCAGUGGUAGUCUAUUAUAUUCCCUGACGCUGAUCACUACCAUUGGAUAUGGUAGCGUGGCGCCUCGCACAGUGUGGGGUCGUUUUAUCACAAUACUGUAUGCUCUGGCCGGGAUUCCCCUAAUGCUAGUCUACUUAAGCACGGUUGGCGACGUCCUCUCUAGAAGCUUCCGUCGCUUGUACGGCCGGCUGUGCAGGCCUCGAAAUUGCACCAGAAAGCAACAACCGCCGCCGCCGCCACCGCCUGUAGGCGGUAUUAUGAGCAAAACUUACAGAUACGAUAACCACGUCGACUCGAAAUCUGGAAAUUAUUAUUCCGCUAGCAGAGAGAGCUCCUGCGACGAUUUAGGAACUAGGGGCACCAGUAGCGCCAUAUUGCUGGAUUGUGGAAGCGAAGGCCUACUUCAUGCUACCACUAGCUCCACCGCCGCUCUUCAGGACGUGACAUCAGGAAACAGUAAACGACACUUUCACCCGUGUUCAUUAUCCCUGUCAACGAACUCAUCACCAGGAUAUGUGGUGGAAACGAAUCCUGUGAGGAUACCAAUCAGUCUCUGUCUAGUGAUUAUGCUAAUCUACAUAUGUGGUGGCGCGGUGAUGUUCAACCGUCUGGAAGGUUGGAGUCUCCUGGAAGGUGGUUACUUCUGCUUCACCAGCCUCGGAACGAUCGGUUUCGGUGACCUGAUGCCCGUUGGACGAAACGCCGCAUCCGCCACCCUGGAGGAGCUCAGCCUGUGUGCCUGCUCGCUCUACAUACUCGCCGGGAUGGGCCUGAUCGCCAUGUGCUUCAACCUCGUCCAGGAGGAGGUGGUACGCGUGGUCAGGGUCUUCGGUAGAACCUGCGGCAUGUCGUCGGGGGUGGUGGUCGGACCUAUCGGUGGUACAGGUACCGGUCCUGAGCUCAAGGCCGACUUGGAUGACGGAGGAGGCACCAGUGACUCGCGAUUGUCCGAACAAGAAGAAGAAGCAAUCGCCAUGUCCAUGGUGCCAACAUCCUGACAG